UUUCAAAAUGAUGGUCAUAUUAUAUUCUUUCUAUUCAAAAUGCGUCAUUAACAAUAACUCGGCCAUAACACUUUUUUAUAUAAUUAAAAGAACACUUAAAAAAAAGAAAAGAAAGAAACAAGUAACACUUAACACGUGCACUUUAAUAAAUGAACUUCAAAGAGACAAAUCGUAUAUAUUUCAACUUGUCGCUUUAAGAGACACCAUCACACACCACAGAGAAAGUGAGAGACAUAAAUGACCAUGAGUCACACGUGUGUCAAAAGAAGUGAGCAUGCCCAUUCGUGAGAUAUGUCAGUAGUCCAUUAAAAAAAAGACAUAAAAAUUCAAUUAAACCGCAUAAAUCGUUUUUCAAACUUAAACUUAAGGGAUGCCCCAGUAAGUGAAAAAUAAAAAUACAAUAAAAGGACACAAAAAUGAAAAUAAUAUACGCAUCAGAGUUAAAAGAGAACAAAUGAGUAUGCUAUACUCUCUUAAAUAACAAAUAGCUACAUUUUUUUGCCUCAGUUUAUAAGUCAUAAAAAAGUUGCGAAAGCUUUUAUUGCUCAAUUUGGAGGCAACGAUUUCCCGAAAAAAAAAAAACCGAAAAUACAACAAUGGUUUUUUGAUAGUAAACGCUAAUAACUUGGUGAGUUAAGUAACAGAAUGUUUAAAAAAAAAACAGCUAAAUUAGUUAAGAGAAUAAAGUGAAAAAAAAAAUACAAAAUAUAAGCGAAUAAAAAAACUAAAUAGAAAAUUUAAGACAUUUUUUUAUCUGCAAGGACGAAUAAAAAGGAACACAAAAAAGAGAAUAAGCAAAGGCAAAGAGAGAGAGGGUCUGAAAUAUUUAGUUCACCAAGAUGAAUAAUUAAGAGCGCUACAUACUGAAAACCAACUUAAAAGGGGUUGAACUCUGAACUGCAUUGAAUUCACAAAACCCCCACCGUUAAAGGAAGCAAGCAAAAAAUGAAAAAAAAAAAACGAAAGCAAAAAAAAAAAAACAUUUAGAUUCAGAAAUUGGGUUAGAAGAGUAUCUCUACUUCUACCGCACUGUACAGAUACAGAGUGGCUGUAUGUUGCCCGCCGAAACCAACCUAGAUACAACAGUAGUGAUGCACCUACCUCAAUUUCGCCUUAUUUUUCUUUGAUGUCCUUUCUGCAAACCUCUUCUUUCGUCGUCCUUCUCUUCAUCAUUGUGUUUGUGUGUGUGUGUGUGUGUGUGUAUUGUACGUGUAUGUAAAUGUGUGUGUUUGUGACGAUAUUUUGUUUUAUUUUUCUUUCUUUUUUUACCCAUCACUUUUGCUGCUGAUGCUGCUGCUGUUCUGCUUGCAGCUUCUGCUUCAAAUUCUGCUAUAUUGCUACUGGAUGACGAUGAUGAUGAUGAUGAUAUUGUUGAUGAUGAUGGUGGUUGGAUUGUUGGAUGGUCCUGCUGCUACUUCUGCUGCUGCUUCUUCUUCUUAUUUUUUGGUUCUUUGCGUAGUGCGGUGUUAUUUGGUUAUAUCCUUUUGGGAGGUUGGUGCUGGCUGUGUAUAGUGUUAUGGUGGUCAUAUUGGUGUUCUUCUUCUUGUUAUAGUAUAGUUGUUGUUGUUGCUAAACUUUUUAUUUCGGAAAUUUAAAUAAACGUUUUCUCUCCUCUGUAAUGAAGCUCAGAAGAAAUCGAGAGCACAUCAAGGUAUGUUACUACCACCGACCAUCCUGAACGGUUCGUUUGCAAUAAAAAAAAAAACUCAAAAACUAAUAAAAAAAAAAUUAAAACCGAAUUAAAUGUAAAACUAUAAACUAAAAGUACAGUCCAUAACCGGAAACGGAAGAAACAAACGAAAAGAAAAAAAAAAGGAUGACAUCAAAACAUUUGCCAAAGAGCGGUUUAUUGAACGAGUGAUUUAUUUUUCUGUUGUUGUUGUUUUUGUUAUUGCUGUGCUAUACAUAUAUAAUAAUUCAACUUACUGACACACAUAAUGUAAGCGCAUUACCAAAAAAAAAAAUAAAGUUAUUAUUAUAAUAACGCACUCUAUGUACUGAAUGUUGUGUGCUGCCGCCGUCUUCACCGUCGCCGCCGCCGUGGUAUAGAACGUUAAAAAACAUGUGGAGUUAGAAAUAGAAACUAAGAGAAUCAAAAACAGUAUAGGGCAACCAUUAGUAGUGGCAGCAGCAGCUUUUCGGUUGUGAUGGUUGGUGUUAUUGCGUUUUGACAGUACUUAUUUAGUAACCGAAUAAACGUGUCCUUUUCUCUUUCUCUCUCUCGCAGUUAUAAAGCAAUAAAUAAAUUUUUAACUAAAAAAAAUAUAUAACUAACGCAAUAUAAUAGAACUUAUUUUAAUCAAACAAAAGAAUACAAACAAAUUACCUACCAAUAUAAAUAAACAUUGGUAAUAUCUAACUCGGAGAAAAAAAGUACAAAAGAAAGAAAAAAAAAAAAAAACACAAGAAAAUUAAAGUGACAAGUGCUGAUUGGGGGUUGAAAGGCGUACAGAAAGGCAAAACAACUGCAAUUGUGGUCUUUUUUAUCCCUUAAGUGAAACAAAACACACAAUUUUUUUUUUUUAUUUUUUAAUUCUGUGAUGUGAAUUGAAUACAAUCACACACACAUUUUUAACACGAACAACAAACACUCAUACCUACACAUACUCUAAACAUACACACACGCACAGUGUGAGGUAUAUUUUCCCGAGACUGCGAGGCGAGUGGUUGUUGUCACAGCAAUUCAUUGUUUUUAUAAUACAAAUUUUCAAAGCCCAUACCAAGCAGCAGCAAGGAUAAAUUUCCCUAUGUCAAAUGGUACUCACGUAUAGUAUAGUUUGUUAAGGACACACACCAGUGAAAGUGGUGACAGUUGUUGUGGUUGAAAUAAAUCAAAAUAAUUCACUGAAAAAUUGUGUUUUUUUUUUUUUUUUUCAAAAAUCAAUGCGGAUACGAAGGCUCUAAAUAUAUAAGAAACUGUGCUAACAAAGAUUGUCGGAUUUUUUAACAUUUUUUUUUUUUUUAGCUUUUUGCAUUUUUUUUUCUGAGUGUUAGCAUAUCCUUUUUAUUGUUUUAUGCUGCUGCUGGAGUAUUCUUAGGUUGUUUUCUGGUGCUUUUUUAUGUGUCAGCCACGUAUUUCUUUGUUGUUGUUGUUUUUUUUGUCUUAAUUUACAGUGUUAAAGUCGGUUUUUUUUUGUUCGUUUCUACGCUUUCAUUACAAAGAAUGAAAAAAAAAAUAAAUUCUUCUACUAGUCAGUGUGUUGUGGAAUGAGUACAGCACGUCUCCACCAACACCAUACCACCCCCGCCGGUGCUUUCCUGCUGCUGAAGAAGUUCUACCUGUACACCAUCACCAGUGGAUAAUCCAUAUCUCACAUGUACAAUGCCUUAGACAGCACGUUGUCGACGUCGUCGUUCAUAGUCGUAUUCGUCGUCGUCGGUCGGUCUGUUUUUUUUUUUCGUCCAUUUUUGUUUUUUUUAUUUUUUCAGUUCGGCUGGUGGUAUAGAGUAUGUUAUCAAAUUUCUGAGAGUGUGUACUCGUGCGAUUUAAUAAUAAAUGAUGAAAAAUAGCCCAACACAAAUCAAGCAUAGUGUUUUUGUUGUUCUUGUUGUUGUUGUUGUUGGUGUUUUUGUUAUCCUUAGUUGCAUAUAAAUCGAUAAAAAGGCUCCUUUAGUUUACGUUAUUUUUUUUUUUUAUAUUCCUUUCACUGUCGUUGUACACUUUUCAUCAGGUUAUUUGUGGGACUUUUUUUUCGUAUCACGGAAGCAAUUGAAAGUCUGUUCUUUUAUUUUUUUACUCAUACUUUUGUGACAGUUUUAUUUUUUUUCUUUCAAUUUUUUUUUUUUUUGCUGUUGCUGUUGUUGUUCGUUUUUUGUUUCUUUGGGGAUGACACAUAAAAGAAAUCCAGAGUACCAAUCCAUGCAAAAAUAGGCAACACUAAACAAAGUGUCCUUUUUUUGCAGGAGACAUCAACAUUCGAAAUGACCAAAGCGGAAACGGAAGUUGUUUGUCAGUGAACCAUAAAAAAAACAUAGAAACAUACAUUUAUGUAUAUAUAAAAAAAAUCAUGUUUCAUUUUGAUUUCUUUAAAGUGACGUGUUAUGAAAGUUAUUGUAGAUGAAAGAAAAAAAAAAUAAUAUAAAGGAUAAAUUAUGAGCCUUUAACAAAAGCAAUACCUACAAGAAAAAUAAAUUAAUAGUACGAGUAUGUGUGUGUGAAAAAUUGUUAAGAAAUUGUCAUUUAAUUGGCAUUGAUUGUAAAUAAUGGCUGCGGUAGCCGGUUUGUAUGGCCUUGGUGAGGAUCGUCACCAACGCAAGAAAACACAGCAGCAACACCAACAUCAAGCUGAACAACGUGAGCAAAAGGAGGAAUUUCGUAAAUAUCAAGAGAAGCAAAAGGACCGGCCUUCAUUUGAUGGCUAUGGGUCUUUACCCAAAUUGAGCAGUCAAGACGAAGAAGGGGGGGCUGGUCAUGGAUUCAGCGCAGGACCUCAGCACUUUGAACCCAUUCCUCAUGACCACGAUUUUUGUGAAAGAGUCGUAAUAAAUGUAAGCGGGUUGAGGUUUGAAACACAACUACGAACGUUGAAUCAAUUCCCUGAUACGCUGUUAGGGGAUCCAGCUCGGAGAUUACGGUACUUUGACCCGCUAAGAAAUGAAUAUUUUUUUGACCGUAGUCGGCCGAGCUUCGAUGCAAUUUUAUACUACUAUCAAAGCGGUGGUCGGCUGCGAAGGCCGGUCAAUGUCCCUUUAGAUGUAUUUAGUGAAGAAAUUAAAUUUUAUGAAUUAGGUGAUCAAGCAAUUAAUAAAUUCAGAGAGGAUGAAGGCUUUAUUAAGGAGGAAGAAAGACCCCUGCCGGAUAAUGAGAAUCAAAGAAAAGUCUGGUUACUAUUCGAGUAUCCAGAGAGUUCGCAAGCCGCCAGAGUUGUAGCCAUAAUUAGUGUAUUUGUUAUACUGCUAUCAAUUGUUAUAUUUUGUCUAGAAACAUUACCCGAAUUUAAGCAUUAUAAGGUGUUCAAUACAACAACAAACGGAACAAAAAUCGAGGAAGACGAGGUGCCUGACAUAACAGAUCCUUUCUUCCUUAUAGAAACAAUAUGUAUUGUAUGGUUUACCUUUGAACUUAGCGUCAGGUUCUUCGCAUGUCCGAAUAAGUUAAAUUUCUGCAGGGAUGUGAUGAAUGUUAUCGAUAUAAUCGCAAUCAUUCCUUACUUUAUUACAUUAGCGACUGUUAUUGCCGAGGAGGAAGACACGUUAAAUCUCCCGAAAGCACCUGUUAGUCCACAGGACAAGUCAACGAAUCAGGCUAUGUCCUUGGCUAUAUUACGAGUGAUACGAUUAGUUCGAGUAUUUCGAAUAUUUAAAUUGUCAAGGCAUUCGAAAGGCUUGCAAAUUUUAGGACGAACACUUAAAGCCUCAAUGCGAGAACUAGGUUUACUUAUAUUUUUCUUAUUCAUAGGCGUCGUUUUAUUCUCAUCUGCCGUAUAUUUUGCCGAGGCUGGCGCCGAAAUGUCCUUCUUCAAAUCAAUACCAGAUGCAUUUUGGUGGGCUGUGGUCACAAUGACCACAGUUGGAUACGGUGACAUGAGACCGGUCGGCGUUUGGGGAAAAAUUGUGGGAUCACUAUGUGCCAUUGCUGGUGUAUUGACAAUCGCACUUCCAGUACCAGUCAUCGUCAGUAACUUCAAUUACUUCUAUCAUAGAGAAACGGAUCAGGAGGAGAUGCAGAGCCAAAACUUCAACCAUGUUACUAGUUGUCCAUACUUACCUGGUACAUUAGGUCAACAUUUAAAAAAAUCAUCACUGUCUGAAUCCUCAUCGGAUAUGAUGGAUUUAGACGAUGGUGUAGAUUCAACGCCGGGACUGACUGAACAUCCUGGACGUCAAGCUCCAUUUUUAGGAGCACAACAGUCGAUCGAUAAGCAACAACAAAUCAACCAACAGAAUGGUUUUAAACAGCCUCUUGGGAGUAAUAACUUAACGUUACGGCAUAAUAGUGCAUUAGCAGUUAGUAUCGAAACCGACGUUUGACUACUGG